AUGCAGAACAGAUAUGAUGGAAUGACCGCACUGUAUGCUGCAGCUCAAUUCGGUCAUUUAGAUAUCGUGAAAUUCUUCAUUUCAAAUGGUGCUGAUGCGAAUGAAGAACAUGAUAAUGGGACGAUUCCUCUUCAUGGUGCUGCUGCUAGAGGCCAUGUAGAAGUCAUGGAGUAUCUCAUUCAACAUGGAGUAAAGCAGAACAGAUAUGACGAAAAGACCCCUCUUUAUGCUGCAGCUGCAUUCGGCCAUUUGGAUAUCGUGAAAUUCUUAAUUUCAAAUGGUGCUGAUGUGAAUGAAGAAGAUGAUACGGGGAUGAUUCCUCUUCAUGGAGCUGCUGAUCGAGGGCAUGUAGAAGUCGUGGAAUAUCUCAUUCAAGAAGGGUCAGAUAUUAACAAAGGUGAUCCAACGGGUUGGACACCAUUCAAUAUUGCCAUUAAAUACGGUCACCUAGAAGCUGUCAAAUAUCUCAUAGAUAAAGGAGCCAUGCAGAACAGAUAUGAUGGAAUGACCGCACUGUAUGCUGCAGCUCAAUUCGGUCAUUUAGAUAUCGUGAAAUUCUUCAUUUCAAAUGGCGCUGAUGCGAAUGAAGAACAUGAUAAUGGGACGAUUCCUCUUCAUGGUGCUGCUGCUAGAGGCCAUGUAGAAGUCAUGGAGUAUCUCAUUCAACAUGGGUCAGAUAUUAACAAAGGGGAUCCAAAAGGUUGGACACCAUUCAAUGCUGCUAUUCAAUCCGGUCAUCUAGACCUUGUGAAAUAUCUCAUCCAUAAAGGAGUAAAGCAGAACAGAUAUGACGAAAAGACCCCUCUUUAUGCUGCAGCUGCAUUCGGCCAUUUGGAUAUCGUGAAAUUCUUAAUUUCAAAUGGUGCUGAUGUGAAUGAAGAAGAUGAUACGGGGAUGAUUCCUCUUCAUGGAGCUGCUGAUCGAGGGCAUGUAGAAGUCAUGGAAUAUCUCAUUCAAGAAGGGUCAGAUAUUAACAAAGCUGCAUUCGGUCAUUUAGAUAUCGUGAAAUUCUUCAUUUCAAAUGGUGCUGAUGUGAAUGAAGAAGAUGAUAAGGGGAUGAUUCCUCUUCAUGGAGCUGCUGAUCGAGGGCAUGUAGAAGUCAUGGAAUAUCUCAUUCAAGAAGGGUCAGAUAUCAACAAAGGUGAUCCAAAGGGUUGGACACCAUUCAAUGCUGCUAUUGAAUCAGGUCAUUUAGAAGCUGUCAAAUAUCUCAUCGAUAAAGGAACGAAGCAGAACAGAUAUGACGAAAGGACCCCUCUCUAUGCUGCAGCUGCAUUCGAUAAAGGUGUCAAGCAGAACAGAUAUGAUGGAAUGACCCCACUGUAUGCUGCAGCUCAAUUUGGUCAUUUAGAUAUCGUGAAAUUCUUCAUUUCUAAUGGAGCUGAUGUAAAUGAAGAACAUGAUAUGGGGAUGAUUCCUCUUCAUGGUGCAGCCACUGGAGGUCACGUCAAAAUCAUGGAAUAUCUCAUUGAACAAGGAUCUAAUAUCAACAAGGCUGAUCUAGAAGAUGGUACACCAUUCAAUGCUGCUAUCCAAUACGGCCAUCUAGAAGCUGUCAAAUAUCUCAUAGAUAAAGGAGCCAAACAGAACAGUUGUGAUGGAAUGACCCCACUAUAUGCAGCUUCGUAUUUUGGUCAUUUACAUAUCGUUGAAUUCCUCAUUUUCAAUGGCGCUGAUGUGAAAGAAGAAAAUGAUGAUGGGAAGAUUCCUCUCCAUGGGGCUGCUAUCAACGGCAAUAUCAAAGUAAUGGGAUAUCUUUCCCAACAAGGGUCUGAUGUGAACAAGGCUGAUCCAAAGGGUUGGACACCAUUUAAUGCUGCUAUUCAUUCCGGUCAUUUAGAAGCUGUCAAAUAUCUCAUAGAUAAAGGUGUCAAGCAGAACAGAUAUGAUGGAAUGACCCCACUGUAUGCUGCAGCUCAAUUUGGUCAUUUACACAUCGUGAAAUUCCUUAUUUCAAAUGGUGCUGAUGUUAAUGAAGAGCAUGAUAGAGCAAUGAUACCGCUUCAUGGUUCAGCCACUGGCGGUCACGUCAAAAUCAUGGAAUAUCUCAUUGAACAAGGGUCUAAUAUCAACAAGGCUGAUCUAGAAGAUGGUACACCAUUCAAUGCUGCCAUCCAAUACGGCCAUCUAAAAGCUGUCAAGUAUCUCAUAGAUAAAUGUGCCAAACAGAACAGUUGUGAUGGAAUGACCCCACUAUAUGCUGCUUCGUAUUUUGGUCAUUUAGAUAUCGUUGAAUUCCUCAUUUUCAAUGGCGCUGAUGUAAAUGAAGAAAAUGAUGAUGGGAAGAUUCCUCUCCAUGGGGCUGCUAUCAACGGCAAUAUCAAAGUAAUGGGAUAUCUUUCCCAACAAGGGUCUGAUGUGAACAAGGCUGAUCCAGAAGGUUGGACACCAUUCAAUGCUUCUAUCCAAUAUGGUCACUUAGAAGCUGUCAAAUAUCUCAUUGAUAAAGGAGCCAAACAGAACAAUUAUGAUGGAAUGACCCCACUCUAUGCUGCAGCUCUUUUUGGUCAUCUGGAUAUCGUGAAAUUCUGCAUUUCCAAUGGCGCUGAUGUGAAAGAAGAACAUGAAGAGGGGAGGAUUCCUUUGCAUGGAGCUGCUGGAAGAGGCCAUCUGAAGCUAAUAGAAUACCUCAUUCAACAAGGGUCUGAUGUGAACAAGACAGAUCUUAAAGGUUGGACACCUAUCAAUGCUGCAAUCCAAUUCGGCCAUCUAGAAGCUGUCAAAUAUCUCCUAGAUAAAGGUGCAUUGAAGAACAGAUAUUGCGGAAUGAGCACACUCUUUGCAGCUGCAUACUUCGGACAUUUAGAAGUCGCCAAAUUCUUGGUCUCUGAUGGCGCUGAUGUAAAUGAAGAAGAUGACAAAGGGAUAACUCCUCUCCAUGGAGCUUCAAUGAAAGGCCACAUGAAAGUUAUAGAAUACCUCAUUGAACAAGGAUCUAAUGUGAACAAGCAGAUUCAAUGGAUCUGA